UUGGCGAAAGCCUUCGACCCAGUAGAGGUCUCUGCCGAGUUCAGAGUCGAGGCAGUUGUAGUUGUAGAGAAGAACGAGAAGAUCAACUCGGGGACAGGUGGACGGAGUUGGGUCGUAAGAGGCCCGAUCAAAUAUCAUGGAUCAAUAAAAAGACCUGCUUCUUGCGCCUGAACAGACGACGAUCGCUCAUAACUCAGAUCGUCCACUCUUUUAUGAAUUCAUCGUUCGUGCAUUCAUUCAACCUGGUCGCUGCUGUCUCUGCUGACCUCAACAUGAGCCGCUACCAUCCUCAUCCUCAUGAUCAUUCGUCAUCAUCUCAACCCACCUAUUUGGAACGGCAAGCCCUCAAAGACCAAGUGUUAGAGUUGGCCAAACUCCAGGAUUGGCAAGGCGUCCUUUCCUUCUACGACGCGCAUCCCAAUUUCCACGAGCCUCUCCUCGUGUGGAUCCGUCCCACGUGGAACGCGAUGGAAUUCAUCCGGAAAACACUCAACUCGCUCCAAAUCCCAUCCAUCUUGAGCAUCGGGUGUGGCUGCGGCUUCUUUGAGUGGCUAUUGGGAUGUGCCACUCAUCUUCAGGUCUCGGGAUUGGAAGUGAAUCAGAGUUGGUGGGACUCACGUCAUGCCACACCCACUAUGAUCCCUUUGACCUUUACCGAACCGGGACAAGUGCCGGAUCUACCGCCCGCGAGCGCAUUACUCUUUUGCUACUUUAACAACCUGGAAUUCUUUCAUCAGUAUUUGAAGCACUACCGAGGCUCUUGUCUCAUCCUCAUUGGACCGAUUGAUGGUCGACGACAUUGCGCCCCCGAACCCUUCGAUUUGCCGCACGGAACUGAAUCCGAAUGGGCAUUACUCGACAGCCACGAGAUCAAGGCCAACAACCGAGAUGUGAUUGCCAUUUAUCAACGUAGGACAGACACGUAACAAGAUGGACACAGACAUAUAUGUAUAUGUAUGGACAAGAGAGACAGACCCAAGCAUCCUGAACAUUGAUAAAGUCAACAAGAUCCAAAUGGAACGAGCGCUAGCUAGCCAAUGAAAAUGAAGUCCAGCAAACUCCUCGGGGCCCAACUGUCGGAUGGCAGGCAGGGCUUUCUUUCAUUCACAUGAAAUUGAUUGCCGAUCCACGACUUCACUUUCUGUUCCUACUAAUACGCAGCUCGGAAUAAAAGGCCAAGCCACUCCGUA